GAAGAGCAAAGUACUGGAACUUCAUCAAAUUAUGAUGUUCAAUUACUACAUCCCUCCGCAAUUCAUGACAGCCUACAGACGUCUUCUGAAGAUUACGGUAACUUCUAUACUUCAGUUGUCUUAAAAUGGUGUACACCCAAACAAGCAUCUAAUCCACUAUCUGAAUCACAAUUUUGUACUAGCAUGAGCCGUAUUACACCUGUUGAGCCAAGCAGUCGACCUACCAUUUGCUUAAUGAAUUUCCUUCUUUCGGGACGUACUGUUGCUUUGGAGCAACCGAAAAAAACCAGCCAUAAAUCUGUUAUAUCUCAUCUCUUAGUAGGCCAUAAAAGACAAGAUGAUUGCGACAGUGAUAUAUUUGUUCAUACGUUAUCAAUAUCUCGCUCGCCUCUGGAGGAUCCUCCUUCAAUCAGCGAAGGUUCUGGUGGCCGAGUAACGGACUACAGAAUUAAUGUUAGUAGAACUUAA